AUGGAAUUAUCCAAAGAUAUUUCAUAUGUUCCUGCUGAGAAACUGAUGAAGCUGCAGAACCAGCGAGGUGGCCAGAUUUUCCUGCAGGAUAUCAAGAAACCAGACCGUGAUGACUGGGAGAACGGGCUGAAUGCAAUGGAGUGCGCUUUGCACUUGGAGAAAAGCGUCAACCACUCACUACUGGACCUCCACAAACUGGCCACGGACAAAAAUGACCCACACUUGUGUGAUUUCUUGGAGACUCACUACCUGGAGGAGCAGGUGAAGUCCAUCAAAGAAUUGGGUGACCACGUGACCAACUUGCGCAAGAUGGGGGCCUCUGAGUCGGGCAUGGCAGAGUAUCUGUUUGACAAGCACACGCUGGGGCACAGCAAGACCUAAGCCUUGCACUGGCUUUCCGGAGCCACAGCGACCUGGUUCCCCGGGGCACCGCUUGCAUGUUCGGGUGACUGUUACCUUUUCUAGAAAAUCCAAAACAACUAUUUCAGUCUUUGAUUUGUAUCAGACCUUCAAAUAAAGUAAUUUGGUACCC